CAGAGCCCCCUCAGCCUCAGGGCGGGCCGCGGCCUGGGCCCCCGGGUCCCGCCGGUGCUCCGGGGGGUUGUCCCCUCGGGCCUGCGGCGGACACGGCUGUUCUCCGUCUCGUCACUGAGCAGUUGUGACCUGGCAGGGGAGGCGGCUCAUGGAGCCGGGCAGCUUGCAGCUCGCUUGGAGUCAGGGUAUUUCCCAGCCAAGAUCCACUGGACAGAGCAGAUUUUAAUGCUGUGGAGUACAUUAAUACUCUCUUUCCCACUGAGCAAUCUUUGGCAAACAUCGAUGAAGUUGUGAACAAAAUCAGAUUGAAAAUAAGGAGGCUGGAUGACAACAUUCGAACUGUAGUGAGAGGACAGACCAACGUGGGACAGGAUGGCAGGCAGAUGUGUUUGCUCGGAGUACAGUAUUGAACAGCACGUCCGUGGCUGCAGUGUUUGUGAGUGCUGAGCUUGGUCCACGUGCUAUCUGAUUUUGAGACAUCCAGUUGCACGCUGCUUCCUUGGCCUCAGUGCCCAGUUUUGGCUUGUGUGGUUGAUGUUGAUGUGCCUCUGCUGCUGGGUCAGCACUGACUGCCUUUGCCUGAGCCUUAAGAACAGAUGAGGAAAAUCACUGCUUCCUAGGCAAAUCUAACGUGCAGCGCUCCUGAUGGAACAAACCCAGGCAGCUUGGUGCUGGAGUGGAGGGCGAGCAAAGGAGCGCGGGUGUGCGUCAGUGCCUCCAGGAGCCGAGGGCAGUUAUCUGGCACGGGAGGAGAGGCCCUGAAAGACGAGGCCCUGGAAGAAGCCCAGAAAGCCAUUCAACAGCUCUUUGGUAAAAUUAAGGAUAUUAAAGACAAGGCUGAAAAGUCUGAACAAAUGGUUAAAGAAAUCACGCGGGAUAUCAAGCAGCUAGAUCAUGCCAAGCGUCAUCUGACCACCUCCAUCACCACCCUCAAUCACCUGCAUAUGCUGGCAGGGGGUGUGGAUUCACUGGAGGCUAUGACCAGGAGGAGACAAUAUGGUGAAGUUGCCAACCUUCUCCAAGGUGUCGUGAAUGUGUUAGAGCACUUCAACAAAUACAUGGGGAUUCCUCAGAUCCGACAGCUUUCUGAAAGGGUGAAGGCAGCGCAGAAUGAGUUGGGACAGCAGAUCCUGGCUGACUUCGAGGAAGCCUUUCCUUCUCAAGGUACAAAGAGGCCUGGUGGACCCAGCAAUGUCCUACGUGAUGCGUGUCUAGUCGCCAAUGUCCUGGAUCCCAGAAUCAAACAGGAAAUCAUCAAGAAGUUUAUUAAACAACACCUCUCAGAGUAUCUGGUCCUUUUCCAGGAAAACCAAGAUGUGGCCUGGCUGGAUAAGAUUGACAGGCGCUAUGCUUGGAUAAAGCGUCAGCUGGUGGACUAUGAGGAGAAGUACGGGCGCAUGUUUCCGCAGGAGUGGUGCAUGACGGAGCGCAUCGCUGUGGAGUUCUGCCAUGUCACAAGGGCAGAGCUUGCUAAGAUAAUGCGCACAAGAGCAAAGGAGAUCGAGGUGAAAUUGCUUUUGUUUGCCAUUCAGAGGACGACCAACUUCGAAGGACUUCUAGCUAAACGCUUCUCAGGUUGCACUCUAGCUGAUGGGGCUGUGAAAAAGCCAGAAGUGCCACCUCCCUCUGCCAACCCAUUUCUGGAGGAUGAAACUGGGACAGAGACAGAUGAGAUUGUGAUCGAGAAAAGCGAUAUGGACAAACCAAAGAAGCCAAAGGUCCCUGACAAUCCUUUUCAUGGCAUUGUUUCCAAGUGCUUUGAGCCUCACCUUUACGUGUAUAUCGAGUCCCAGGACAAAAAUCUGGGCGAACUGAUUGACAGGUUUGUGGCUGACUUCAAGGCUCAAGGUCCCCCCAAGCCCAACGUGGAUGAAGGAGGAGCUGUCCUGCCCAGCUGCGCUGACCUCUUUGUGUACUACAAGAAGUGCAUGGUGCAGUGCUCCCAGCUCAGCACUGGCGAGCCGAUGAUAGCCCUGACCACCAUAUUCCAGAAGUACCUUCGGGAAUACGCCUGGAAAAUUCUGUCUGGAAACCUGCCCAAGACAACUAGCAGCAGCGGUGGGCUCACCAUCACUAGUUUGCUGAAAGAAAAGGAAGGCUCUGAAGUGGCAAAGUUCACCUUGGAAGAACUCUGCCUCAUUUGCAGCAUCCUUAGUACUGCAGAGUACUGCUUGGCAACCACCCAGCAGUUGGAAGAGAAACUCAAAGAAAAAGUGGAUGCAAGUCUAGUGGAGAGAAUCAACCUGACGGGAGAGAUGGACACUUUCAGCAUUGUGAUCUCCAACAGCAUACAGCUGUUAGUGCAGGACCUGGAUGCAGCCUGUGACCCUGCCCUGACUGCUAUGAGCAAGAUGCAGUGGCAGAAUGUGGAACACGUUGGUGACCAGAGUCCUUAUGUCACCUCAGUGAUUCUCCACAUCAAACAGAAUGUCCCCAUCAUCCGCGACAAUCUGGCCUCCACGAGAAAGUAUUUCACUCAGUUCUGUAUAAAAUUUGCAAACUCCUUCAUUCCCAAGUUCAUUAACCAUCUCUUCAAGUGCAAACCUAUUAGCAUGGUGGGCGCAGAACAGCUGCUGCUGGACACUCACUCUCUGAAGAUGGUUCUCCUGGAUCUGCCCUCCAUUGGGUCCCAAGUGGUGAGGAAGGCUCCUGCCAGCUACACAAAGAUAGUGGUGAAAGGCAUGACUCGGGCUGAAAUGAUCCUGAAGGUAGUUAUGGCUCCGCACGAGCCCCCAGUUGUGUUUGUCGACAAUUACAUCAAGCUCCUUGCUGACUGCAGCACCGACACUUUCCAGAAGAUACUAGACAUGAAGGGCCUGAAGAGAAGUGAGCAAAGCAGCAUGCUGGACCUUUUCCGCCAGCGCCUCCCGGCUCCCCCCUCCGGAGUGGAGAACACCGGCUCCCUCUCGUUGAGUGCUCCUACACCUGAGCAGGAGUCCUCUCGGAUACGGAAACUGGAGAAACUCAUCAAAAAAAGACUCUAAGCAGGCAGAAGGAAAUUCUGUUGCCCAGGACUAGCUGCAGUGACUGGGAGCAAAGCUUAUCAGACUUGUGAUUUACAGUAUGCUGCUGAAAUAUCUACGUCCCAUCACUCCCAUUCCCUGUGUCUCUUAACCAUCAUACACCGUGGUGCUGCAUCUCCAUUCAGACGAAGGUGUUUGCCAUUAGCUCAGCAGGCGUGAAACCCAGGACAGUGCUGGGUCCACAUGGUGGAGAAAAUAGAGGUAUCUGGAAGUCAGCAGCUACAAAAACAGUUUAGGUGGAUUCAGAGAAUAUCUGGCUGUGAUACACUUGGUGUCCCAGCCUUCAGCCUGGCUGAGCUCCUGCUGCAGCACCAAGGAUUUUGGUGUUACUGCUCGCCUCCUGUUGUAGGGCUGUUCCUCUGUUUCAUUAUUUAUUGUGGGGCAGGGGGGGAGCCAACCCCAAACCAUCACCACCGCCAAAAAAAUCCAACCUUUUAACAGCUGGGAUCCCGGCAUCUGCAGCUCCACUGAAGUAAUGAGAUGCUGAGGAGAGAAGCCCAGAGCAAAUUUCUCCCCCGCUCCCAGGACAGGCAUACAUAAACCACCAGUAAAACAGCAAGGCAAAUCCUUUGCAGAACCAGAGGAAAAUGCUGAAUUAAUGCCUUCAGCACCUUGGCAAACCUCCUGCCAACAAGCCGGCAGACUCGGUCACUUGCAGCUUAAAGGCCAAACUAGACAUCUGCGGAGCCCAUCUCCAGCUGCUUGUUAUUUCUCUCGCAUGUGCUGGGCUCUCCCGCUGUCCCUGAUGGGAGUUCCCGGACUGCAUCUCGCCCUCCCUCCACAAAGGGCCAUUCAUGGAGUGAGCGGCAGACAGCACCAGCCCCUCAUUCCCACGCCAGCCAGUGUGUCCCGAGCAGGGGUGUGCCCCUUUGGCACCCUCAGUGCCCUGCAAGGAGAGGUUGCUUUAACAUUUUUAAAUGUUGGCUUUAACAGGGAGCUGGGGCCUCUUCCUGGACAGGACACUUACACCAGGCUCAGCCUUUGAGGACCUUCCUUUCCUCUUCCUCCUCUGAGCUUCAGCUUGCACCGGUGCAGAGAGGAGGAGAACCAGAGAUGAAAUAUUUUGGAUAACCCAGUCCCCCCUUCCUGGGGGACCAGCUCCUGCUGGCACCGUGCCACAAAGCCAGCGUGGAGCAGGGUUUGGGUCCAUUGGUGUCUGCGCCCUGCCCAUUGUGAGCUUCCCCAAGGAGUGUCCGUGCAGGGAGACAUCACUUCGUCAUUGGUAACGCUGGAUUUCUUCCCAAACUCCUCUGUACUUUUUGGGGGGACUUUGAAGGCACAUGCCCAACCACGAAUGAUUGAAUCCCGUGUGGGUUUAGGGGCAGAUCAGCCAGUCAUGUUGAUCACUUGCAUGUGCAGAAAAAGAAGUCCCAGACAAGUUUGGCAGGUGAGGAGCAAAUGUACUGUCAGAUGCCUUCUUGGGGGGGUCACGCUCCCCAUCAGGUCAAGUUUGGGCCUUGGGGCUGUAUUUACUAGAAGCUGUGCUGCAUGUCCAGGAGGGGAGGAUCAGACGCUCCAGGAAAAUGAGCUCCGUCCACCCAGAGCCAGAGCUUCACUGGGACUGGAGCGGGAGGGGGUGAAAUGAGAAAUCCCCAAGUGAGGCAGAACCUGGGCUUAUGCUGUGUCUGCCUGUUCAUGCUUCGGCACUGUCCCUCUGGGGUGCAGGCUGCUCCACUUCCCUCUCCUCAGCCCCAUGGCUGUGGGAGGGAGAAUUUGGUGCCUGGUUAGUAAAAUCCCAUCCUCCCUUUGCACAGCCAGCAGGUGAGCCUGAGCUUGAACGGGCAGGAGUAGAUCACAGAAUUGGAACAGAAAGAAUAAAUCCGCAGAGAUUAACGCUGUUCAGGCCAACCUGCUGCUGCAGGAACUUUAGGAUGCAUUUUCAGGGAUCCCCAGGCUUGGGCCCUGGCUGUGGUGUGUGGGUGCUCAGUUGCAGAGAGCUGUAGCAGUGAUGUCCAUUGCAGCAGUAACAACACGUGUGGGGAGCGACAGCAGUUUCUUAUCACUCCAGUUUUACAAAUCUUGCCAGGUCUGCUGUUGCUUCAUUUAUUUCCUCUCGUGAUUUCACAUCGGGUGACAAAAGGGAUCGUGGUUGAAAGUAUGUCAGGAUUAUGGGAAAGUUCCCCAAGGACACAAUGAACGCCGUUCCCCAAGGACAGAUUAUCUCAAGGUAUGUGUGCAGGAUGGUUCACACGUUAUCAAAUGUAAUAACAAAUGUAAUAACCAGGGAGGAAGGAACAUGGGUUUGCAGAGAUUCAUUAUUCCCUUGGAGGGGAUGAAUAAUUUAUUUUAGAUUAAUUUUUCUUUGCUCUGUCUAUGGAUGAGACUAACUAAAUUAUGAAUAGCUGAAGAUGAUGUUCAAGUUAUCGUCCUUCCCCAAAGGCUUCCCUCGUUUCAUUCUCCACAUUUCAUUCUGUAGAUAAGAGGAAAUAAAAAGAAAAAUGGAUUUUUAGUUUCAGUCUUUGAAUGCUACAGGUCUGGGUGUUUGGAGUUCCACUUUUAGAGAGCAAGUCUGCAUUUUUUUACCUUCAGUAUACAGCUUUUGUCCCCUGGGUCUUGGGUAUUUAUCAGAUUUGGCACGUCUGUAUGUGUAUGUGAGCUGUUUGGGGUUUACAUCUCUCAUUUGGGAAUAAAGGGUGAUCUUUUUUCCUCUAUAAGAUGUCACUUUUUAUGGUCUUUUGGCCAAGGUGUAAUUCUGGCUGUAUGUUGGAGUGUGACACUAAAAUGAAUUAAAUGGUUACUGAUGUUCA